GUAAAUUUUUUCAAAAUUUCUGCUCCAAAAUAACAACACUACAAACCCAGCAAAAAAAAAUAAACAAAUUUCAAAGUGUAUCAAAAAUUAAAAGUGAAAAAAUUAAGAAAAACAAACCAAAAUCUACAUAAGUAUUAAAAUUUACCUUCACCAUGGAAAUUGGCGUUGCUUUGAACAACGAUCUUGAGGUUCGGAUCUCGGAGGCCCUUUGCGUCUUUGAUACUCAUGGUGAUAAAUACAUAGACACUCGCAAUGUGGAAAACGUUCUCAGAUUUAUGGGCUGUGUGCCGACCGAGAAGGAAGUCAAUGAUAUAAUUGCCGCCACUGAGUCGAUAGAGUACCCCGGGGAAUCGCAGCUACCAAAAUGUAUGGCUCAUGUCUCCCAACUGCUUAUGAAUAACCAUAUGGAGCCGGCGUCAGCAGAAAAGCUGUUUGCGGCUUUUCAGGUGCUUGACCCAGAAAACAAAAAAUAUCUUACCAAAGAGUAUCUCGAAAAGUUAAUGUCAGAGGAGGGAGAGCCUUUCACUGAAGAAGAACUGGCGGACAUGUGGCCGGUAGCCAUUGAUCCGAUUACUGGAAACAUUCCCUACACGUUCUAUAUUAACCAACUGAAGCAUAAGGGCACAAUCUAUGAAGUGGCUGCAGCUGUGAAGGAACAGGUCGAACAAGCUCAGGCCGAACAGGGGCGCAAGAAAUAAUGUCAGCAAAGAAACACCAAAAUGGUGGCGCCCUUUGGCGCAGUUUUUGCCAACUACUCCGCCCUGCCUCAGCCCUCAGACCAACGCUGGAAAUGGAUCUCCCAACGGCCAUCAAGAAUCUGCGCUACUUUUCCGACUGGGCCGGUAAGAACCAUGGCAAGACCAUCCCCAUGGGAGGUGAUUUCUUGGCACUUGGUACCCUGGAACUUCCCCAUUCUGAUGAUGGCCUGGAAGCGAAUGCAGCGAUAAAUCCAAACGACAUUAAGCCAUGUUUUUGCAUAUGUAGAACAGGGCUCGACACGCAUAUUUUUAAACCACUGUUAUAAACCUACACGGGGCGGCAGAACACUCUCAUAUGCACUGGUAGGGGUUGACAUACAUACAUAUUUCAAGUGCAGAAUGAGGAUAACUAUCCAUUAUCGUACACUUAGCGAUUGAUUUUACGUAGGUUCGAGCGACAUUCUUUGUGAAAUAGUGAUUCAACAUUUGAGGUUUUCUUGGGUAAUCUCCCCUUGGAGUCACUUACUGCAAUCAGAAUCAACAUGCAAACACAUUUAUGGAGUGAUUACGGAACUGAUUGGCUUUCCCCCCCGUGGCACAAAAUAUUGACAGAACAUUGGAGAAAACAAUGGCAUCGGGGGUGCAAAGCAAUUUCAACCAUAAACUAUAAUGGAUACAUGAUUGGGCCAUAAAAAUGAUAUGCUAUUGAAGGCAUUUUUCGUAUUGUUCAACGAAAUAAUAAAACAGGAAGGAUACUUACCAUUUUCGAACUGAAUGAAACGAGCUGUGAAGGUUUUUGUUUUUAUUACAGAUUAGUUAUCGCUUUUAUUAAUAUUCCCAUUUGACUUCAAAUACAUUAUGUAAAUAUAUAUAUAUUUAUAUAUAGAUGUGUAUAUAUCAUUUAGCAUACAAUUAGAUUUACGUCUUAAGAGUUUCUCUGCCUGCUUUCAUUCCCCUCCUAGAUACAAUACUCUACUCCUUCCCUUGCUUCCCUACACAAAUUUCCUUAUAAAACCUGAUAGCCAAUGCAUUACGAUCUUUGCAAAUAAAUUUCAUCUAAUAAAAUUAACUAGAAUUCGUA